UGGCGGGGUUAAUAAAGCGGAGGGCGGCGAACGGGUGGAUAAGGUCUCGCUCCAAGGCCGACCCCUUCCCUCUGUCACCACCCAAACCCUAAGCCACCAUUAUGUCUCGCUCCAAGGCCGACCCAUCCGACGCCGGUUCCUUCGCCGGUGCCAUGUUCACCUCCGACCGCCUCAACGAGCUUUACAUCAAAGACCAUGUACCCGUCGUCCCCGACCUCGACUCGCCAUCGUACAACGCGUGGCGCACGUACUUCACGCUGCUGUUCCGCUCUUACCGUCUCAUCGAGCAUGUUGACGGGAGCGUCGACUUUCGCGACAUGAAGGACGAUGACGAGUGGCUGGCUGUGGACGCCUGCAUCGUCAAGUGGUUCUUCUUCACCAUCUCCGGCAGCCUCUUCAACAUGGUGAACUCCCGCGACCCGUCGGCGUACGCUAUGUGGACGCGGCUGUGUGACCUCUUCCUCGACAAUCAACUCCAACGCCGCGUCUUCCUUCAAGGGGAGUUCUUCACUAUGCAGCAAAACGAUCUUUCGAUCGAUGAGUACUGCACGUGGCUGAAGGUCCUCGCCGACGAGCUACGCCACGUCGGCAUGAACAUCGACGACUUCGUCCUCCUCACCAACCUCCUUCGGGGCCUCCACCCCGACCUCGGCCAGUCCGCCGCCAACCUCUCCCUCAUCACGCCGACGUACGCUAAGGCGGUCACUUACCUUCGCAUGGAGGAGAAGCGACUUCGUCACUCCACUCGGCAGGCGACCCACGCCGCGCUCCACGUCGGCCUCGCCGCCGGCACCGGCGCGCCUCCUGCCCCGACUACGCCACGUGCUCCUACUCCGACCCCGCCUCCCGCGCCCGCCCCCUCCGGUGGCCGCAAGCAGAAGGGCCGCGGGGGUCGAGCCUGCAACUCCAACGCCGUGCAGCGCCCGCCCGCGAACACCGCAGUCGCUCCUCCUCCACCGUGGUUGUCGGGGUACAAUCCCUGGACGGGUGUUGUACAUGCGUACUCCAUGCCCGUCCCUCGCCCUCCUGCUCCAGGCAUCCUCGGUCCGCGGCCGGCCUCUCAUCAGGCACUGCUGACCACGCCUGCCCACGGACCCGCGGCAUAUGGUGGUGCUACGCCCUAUGGCGGUUCGGCGGCAUAUGGUGGCCCCCCAGCUUAUGGCGCGUAUGGCGGAACCCACGGCGGUGUCUGGGAUCCCGCCCUCCUCUCCGCUCUUCAUGUCGCGCCCUCGCCGAGCAACUACAGCGGAGGUGGCGAUUGGUAUAUGGACACCGGCACUGCCGCUCACAUGGCUUCCAACCCCGGAUGCUCGCUCCCGGAGGGUUCUGCACCGAUGUGAUUCCCCCGACGAUCUCUACCCAUGCGGUCCUACGACGAGUGGCGGCCCGGUUGCUCUUCAUCCCGACGUCUCGCUUUGGCACGCUCGACUUGGUCAUCCCGGCGCCGACGCUCUUCAUAAAAUUUUGAGCACAUUUCCUUUUUCAUGUAAUAAAUACGCGACACAUACUUGUCAUGCUUGUCGCGUCGGAAAA